CCUCGCCGGGAAGCAGCCACCAGCAGCCGGACAUGGCGCUCCGGAGGUUCUUCGUUGGAGGAAACUGGAAGAUGAACGGGACCAAGGAGAGCCUGGGAGAACUGAUCCUGGACCUGAACACGUCCAGCCUGCAGGAUGAGACCGAGGUGGUCUGUGCUGCUCCCUCCAUCUACCUGGACUUUGCUCGGUCCUGUUUGGAUCCGCGGAUCAGCGUCGCAGCCCAGAACUGUUACAAGGUGUCCAAAGGAGCGUUUACCGGAGAGAUCAGCCCGGCCAUGAUAAAGGACUGUGGCGCCGACUGGGUGAUCCUCGGACACUCAGAGAGACGCCACGUGUUCGGGGAAAGUGACGAGCUGAUCGGACAGAAAGUGGCUCACGCUCUGGAAAGUGAUCUGGGUGUGAUCGCCUGCGUCGGGGAGAAGCUGGAGGAGCGAGAGGCCGGAACCACAGAAGAAGUCGUCUACGCUCAGACACAAGUCAUCGCAGACAAUGUGAAGGACUGGGGGAAGGUGGUUCUGGCGUAUGAACCGGUCUGGGCCAUCGGCACUGGGAARACAGCCACACCUGAGCAGGCUCAGGAGGUCCAUGAGAAGCUGAGGGUCUGGCUUCGAGACAACGUCUCAGACGAUGUGGCCGAUUCUGUUCGCAUCAUUUAUGGAGGUUCGGUCACAGGAGCCAAUUGCAGGGAGCUGGCGUCUCAGGCCGACGUGGACGGCUUCCUGGUGGGCGGAGCCUCUCUGAAGCCGGAGUUCKUUGACAUCAUCAACGCGCGAGCAUAACACACCCAAACACAACAAAACUCAAUCAGGAACAAAAGUAACAAACUUUAUCCACUUGUGUGAUUUGAGUUUGGGGAUAUUUUAGUGUUUUAUCCCAGUAAUUAAGUCACUUUUCAAGUUCUUUUUUCAUGUGCUUCUAAUUUUACUGGUAACAUUUAUUGUAGAUUAUUCAACAGAGUGUUUUAUGUCUUUUCUGACUGAAUGUCACCUGUAACGUCUGACUCACCUUUACUUGAAUAAACAGCAGUAAUAAUGUCUCUCACUCACAACAGGCACCAAAGAUUUAUAGUAAUAAAUAAAUAAAGUUUGCUCUUCAGAAUAAUAAAGAGUUUGAUUGAUGUAAAGUGCAAACAAAUAAAAGGUAAAUGUGUAAAA